GCUCCCCCGGGCUCGCUCCGGGCUGAAAGGAGCGGGGCCCCUCCCAGUUACCUGGCCCCGCUGGCCCAGGUCCCCAGGGGGCGGAGGCAGGCCGGCCCGGCGCGCUCCGGGAGGCGGCCGGAAUUGACAGGUGGUGGCCAGUCCCGUCACAAGCCACAGCCGAGCUCCGCCGGGCGAUCGGCCACAUUGUUGUUCCCCCACCGGGCGGGCGGGCGCAGCAGUGCCGCGAGCAGGGCCGGGGAGGAGAAGCCGGGGGCCCGUGGGAGGCCGACCUCAGGCCCCCAGCCCCCUGGCAGCCCCGGCGCCGAAGGGAGAAGCGGGGGGCUCGGCGCAGGAGGGGAGCUGGGGGGAAGCGGCGCAGCGGCUGCCCAGCUCAGCCGCACUCCCCGCCGCCCGUCGGCCUGCCUGCGGUCCGCGCCCCUCCCGCGAGCAGCCGCCACUCCAUCCCGGGAACCCGGCUCGGGGCCCCCUCGCCCCCGCCCCUCCUCGUUUCUCUGCCUCCUUCUCCCGCCCUCAGCCCCUCGGGGCCGGGCUCAGCAAGCAAACGGCGCCCGCGCUCUGCGCCGCCCGCCCGGGCUCUGCUCUUCCCCCGCCCCAAGAGAACAGAAGCGGCGGCCGCCGUGCUGGCCCCGGGCCGGGAGGAGCUGCAGCAGCGGCAGCUGGGCGGGGAGCGCUGGGAGCUGGCGGCGGCCCCGGCGGCAGCAGAGAGAGAGCGAGCAGCCGCGAGCAUCGGACGGAGGGAGCUCCGCCGCGGCCAGCCCGCGGGGGCUGCAGGAGCCAAGCUCGGGACCCCCUCGGACCCGCCUUCCGGCUCCCCCGCGCCCCGGCUCCCCAAACCCUGGAGCUGCUCAGGAGCAGAUGAGGAAGGGUGGUGAGAGUCCCCCCAAGAGCUGGACUGAAGAACAAGCAACGCACGAAGGGCCUCCCUUUCCAGUGAUAAUGAAGAAAAGCCGGAGUGUUAUGACAGUGACCGCUGAUGAGAAUGUCAAGGAUUACUUGGAAUGUGGCCUGAGUAAAUCUUACAGCUCCUCCAGUAACACCCUAGGGAUCGACCUCUGGAGAGGGAGGAGAUGCUGCUCUGGGAAUCUCCAGUUGCCCCCACUGUCCCAGAGACAGUCGGAAAGAGCCCGAACGCCUGAUGGAGAUAGCAUUUCAAGACCCACCACUCUUCCUUUGCUGACGCUUCCAAGCAUCGCCAUCACUACCGUAAGCCAAGAGAGCUUCGAUGUGGAAAAUGGCCCGUCCCCUGGCCGGAGCCCCCUGGACCCCCAGGCCGGCUCUUCCUCGGGGCUUGUGCUGCACACCACCUUCCCCGGGCACAGCCAGCGUCGGGAGUCGUUCCUCUACAGGUCAGACAGCGACUAUGAUCUCUCGCCCAAGGCUAUGUCUAGAAAUUCUUCCCUUCCAAGCGAACAACAUGGUGACGACCUGAUCGUAACACCUUUUGCACAGGUCCUCGCCAGCUUGCGAAGUGUGAGGAAUAACUUCACCCUCCUGACCAAUCUGCAUGGAGCAGCCAACAAGAGGUCUCCAGCUGCUACCCAGCCUCCUGUCUCCAGAGUUAACCUCCAAGACGAGUCCUGCCAGAAGUUGGCCAUGGAGACCCUGGAGGAGCUCGACUGGUGCUUGGACCAGCUGGAGACCAUCCAGACGUACCGCUCGGUCAGCGAGAUGGCCUCCAACAAGUUCAAGAGAAUGUUGAAUCGGGAGCUGACCCACCUCUCGGAGAUGAGCCGGUCUGGGAACCAGGUGUCCGAGUAUAUUUCAAACACUUUCCUAGACAAGCAGAAUGAGGUGGAGAUCCCGUCUCCCACUCAGAAAGACCGGGAGAAGAAGAAGAAAGAGCAGCAGGUCAUGACCCAGAUCAGUGGGGUGAAAAAGCUGAUGCACAGCUCCAGUCUGAACAAUACCAGCAUCUCGCGCUUCGGGGUCAAGACGGAGAAGGAAGAUCACCUGGCAAAAGAGCUGGAAGACCUGAACAAAUGGGGUCUCAACAUCUUCAAGGUAGCUGGAUAUUCUCACAACAGGCCCUUGACGUGUAUCAUGUAUGCCAUAUUCCAGGAAAGAGACCUUCUAAAGACGUUCAAAAUCUCUUCUGACACCUUUGUAACCUACAUGAUGACUUUAGAAGACCAUUACCAUUCUGAUGUGGCUUAUCAUAACAGCCUCCAUGCUGCCGACGUGGCCCAGUCAACCCACGUUCUUCUUUCCACGCCAGCCUUAGAUGCCGUCUUCACAGAUUUGGAAAUCCUGGCUGCCAUCUUUGCCGCUGCGAUCCACGAUGUUGACCACCCAGGGGUCUCCAAUCAGUUCCUCAUCAACACAAAUUCCGAACUCGCUCUGAUGUAUAACGAUGAGUCCGUUUUGGAAAACCACCACCUGGCUGUGGGUUUCAAGCUGCUCCAGGAAGAGCACUGUGACAUUUUCCAGAACCUGACCAAGAAGCAGCGCCAGACCCUCAGGAAGAUGGUGAUCGACAUGGUUUUGGCAACGGACAUGUCCAAGCAUAUGGGCCUAUUGGCAGACCUGAAAACGAUGGUGGAAACUAAAAAAGUGACCAGCUCUGGCGUCCUCCUUCUGGACAACUACACGGAUCGGAUCCAGGUCCUCCGCAACAUGGUACAUUGUGCCGACCUGAGCAACCCCACCAAGUCUUUGGAAUUAUACCGGCAAUGGACAGACCGCAUCAUGGAGGAAUUCUUCCAACAGGGAGACAAGGAGCGAGAGAGGGGGAUGGAGAUCAGCCCCAUGUGUGACAAACACACGGCCUCGGUGGAAAAAUCCCAGGUGGGCUUCAUCGACUACAUCGUCCACCCCCUGUGGGAGACCUGGGCCGACCUGGUGCAGCCCGACGCCCAGGACAUCCUGGACACCUUGGAAGACAACCGGAACUGGUACCAGAGCAUGAUCCCGCAGAGCCCCUCGCCGCCCCUCGAGGAGCAGAACAGAGACUGCCAGGGGCUGAUGGAGAAGUUCCAGUUCGAACUGACCUUGGAAGAGGAGGACUCGGAGGCUCCGGACAAGGAAGGGGAGGGCGGCGGCUACUUCGGGAGCACAAAGACUCUGUGUGUGAUCGACCCCGAGCGCCGGGCGUCUCCGGAGGAGGCGGACGCGGAGACGGAGGCGGGGGACGCGUCCCCCGUGGACACAUAAUGCCCGCAGCCGGCGCUCUCGCUGGGGCGAGACGAACGUUCAGUCCUUCAUGAGCAUGCCGGCGGUCCGGGAGGGCCAGCCUGGGCUCCGGGUCCGAGGCCUGCUUCCGACAAAGGCCAAAUGACCUUUGCGGCGAGUUCCUUGAGAUUGGAGCCAGAGGGAGAGAGUGUGAGGGAAUGGCUGGCUGCUCGGGAACCUCGUGAGAUGGCUUGGGUUGGCUUCUCGGGAAGCAGAGACUCUGGUUCUCUCGGGAACGGGCCGGGACCGCCGCCGGUGGUCCGGGACGCCCGCGACGACGCUCAGAGAACUUUUUGUUUUUCCUGCACUCGACUUCGGAAACCUGUCCCGUUCGCGGGCCAGGCCUGACUGACCAAGAGCGCUUUGUGACCCUGCCCCUCUGUCCUGUCUGCAGACCCGUGUGCCUUUUUUGUACAACGUUUUCACGUCUUUGAAAUGCCUGUUGAAUACCUAGAGUUUAGUAGCAACUUCUGCGCAGAACCAAGUGUUUUGAGGAUUUCUGUACUUUUUCGAGUCUUUCUGAAAAGGAAAACCCACCUUCCUUCUUGCACAGGCAAUAUCUUUCACCUUCUUGUCGUUUCUUUUACAAACGAGAGAGGAAGGAUAUUGUUCUUCCCCACCUCCUCUUGCCCCGGGCACCCCUACUUUCUGCUUGCCUGCUUGCCUUCCACUGAGCUUGCCCACAGAACAAACCUCACAAGCUGGGAGUUGGGCGGGUGGGGAAGGGCUCCCUGUUCUCCUGCAGGACCGCGGAGGUCCGGGCUCCAUUUGGCGUGAGAAGGCCCCGUUGGCCACGGCCCCUUGCCCACGAAAGCUGCACGCUCUCCCUUCCGUUCUCCCCGCGCCCCUUCUCGUCCAUGGUUAGUUCGCUCCGCCAUCUUUCUCUCGCACUGUCCUGGGCUCUAACACCCUCAUUACUGUUUAUAACAGUGUAUUUAUUACUUAAUGUAUAUAGUGUAAUGUUUUGUAAGUUAUUAAUUUAUAUAACUUAACAUUGCCCGCCAAUGGCGGGGUUCAAGAAAUUUGUGUAGAAAGCUCUACCUAAGAGCGGCACCUUUGUCACCUUUUCUAUGGCAUUCUGGAGAACCUGAACAUAGCUCAAGAGAGACCUACGGACCCCCGGCCCCCUCCCUGCCGCCCCCAGCUGACUUCUUCUAGAGAGAUUUCCCCCACGUGGGGUCAGUCACAGCUGACGGCCAAACCCCUUUCAAACCCUGGUGCCAGAAUGGAGCUCCGGCCGCCGUCGGAGCGCGAGAUCGGGGGGCACGGGGGCGUCGCCCACUAACCAGGUUCCUAGGCCGCGGCUUCCGUCCCAAAGCAACACUAUGUACGUCCACCGGGGGGUCCCCCCACAACAUCCAAACUACUGAGAUGCUCGAGGAAGCCCCGGCGAGGCCCGGAGAGGAGGCGCCCAACCAGCUGCCUCGCUGCAAUGUGAAUUUCGAUAGCAGAAUGUGAACGGAUGCCCCGAUCGGGCCAAUGUGAAGCUUCUCCGGACGAGCCGCGGGAGGCGCGUCCAUCCCGCCCGGGCCCGUCUCUGCCCGUGAGCCCGCGGCCAGUCCCGGGACCGCAUCCUAGGACGCUCCUGCACGGCCCGGGGGUCUGCGUGUCUGUCCCGCACUGCGUUGUUCCAGGUGGACGUUUUAUUGUUUUCCAAAGUUUCUCACAAUGUAUGUUAUGGUAUUAUUAUAAUUAUUAUUAUAUAUUGUGUUCAGAUGCAUUCUCGAGAGAUUUUUAUAUGAAGUAAAUAAAUGAAAGCAUGACCCAA